AUGCGUCGCGCGAUACAGAGCACCGUCUCCCGGCGGCCACCACUCCUCCCCACGCGGCCGUUACUGAGGAACACCACCACUACCACUAUUAUUACUACUACUACUACUACUACUUCUACUACAACUACAGCCAUAGUUGGCACUAAUGGCUGGAGAUCCUAUGCAAGUAGCGUGAGCGGGAACGGCGGCAGCAGCAGCGACGGGAAGCAGAACAAGAUGAUCAACGACGAGCGGUGGAAGAAGCCCUCUCGAGUCAACUGGGACGGCUUCCGGAAGACCAACAAGCACUUCAAACCCCGCGGCAAGUCCCAAAAGAAGGGACAGAAGCAACAGGAGGAGGAGAAGGAGGAGAAGGAGAAGACGCCCCCGGAGGUGGAGGUGAUACGCACGCUGGCCGACACAGAGUUGUCGUUUGAGCAGUGGCAGCAGAUCAACGAGCGCAUCGCCAGCUUCUCGCAGCUGCUCGACGAGUCGUCUGUUGCGCCGCCAGAGUCGCUGGGCAAGAACAGACUGGUGGACACGGCCGAGUACUGCACGAACAUAAAGCUCUGGCAGAUCCUGCUCAAAUUCCGGCGCCGCCUGUAUGAAGACGCGGGGGUGCGCGAGAUCUGGGAUGGCCUGCGGCUGCGGAGGAUGGACCUGCCGACGGAGGGGGCGAGUGCGGAUGAGCUGUGGGAUGUGUUUUUGCGCUCGGCCGCGAGGGACGAUGCAUUCAUGGAUGUUGUGUGGGGGUAUAUACAGGAGCUUGAUACCCGCGCCGGGAGGGCCUGGAACGGCGUCUACGAUGCUGUUGUCGGUCGCUAUCUCGUCACCGACCCGGUGAAGGCUAGAAAGUGGCACUACAACCUAUGCAAGCGGCAUGCCUCCAGAUCGCUGCCUGAGCUGUUUGCGGAGGUGCUGGCCCUCAACCCGGACGCCCACCCGUACCUGCGCAUCAUCCAUGCAACGACAAAGAAGCCGGCGGGCGUGUACACCACCAUGAUCCCGUCGCUGUGUAAGCUUGCGCUGCACCCUGAGGCCGUGCGGUGGCACCAGCACUGUCUGUCGUUUGACGACCUGCCCGAGGAUACCAGUGCGGCGGACGAGCUGGUGUCGUGGGUGGCAAGGUACGGGACCAUCAACGAGCUGCACCAGCUUAUGUAUUCGUUUGUAAAAAUGAACGUGCCCAUGAGGGAGAGCACGCUGACAAGUAUCAUUCUUGCGCGCCCGGACAAGAUGGAGGCGCUGCGGUUCAUCCUGGCCCGGUCGAACGAGUUUGACACGAAAGCCAUGGGGGAUCACUUUUGGGCCCAGGUCAUCUCGAAGCACAAUAUUGACAAGGAGGAUGUGUAUCGGUAUCUGUGCACGUUUGCCGUGGGACUGACUGUCGGCCGGCAUACGGUCGAGGCGGCGGCGAAGAGGUUCGACAUCGCGGAGGACAAGGCGGUCUGGCUGCUGACCGAGAUUGGCAUCAAGAUCCUCGAAGGUGAUCUCAUGCCGCUGGACGUCAGUGAAGAUGAACCAGAGCAAUCUCCAAUGUAUAGAGAUCCCACCGCGUACCGGCACCCACGGAACAUGGCCGAGCUCUCGAAAGCUCUCCAGAGCCUAAUCAAAGCAAAAGACUGGCAGUCCUUCGACGAGCUCCUGUCCAGGCCCCUGCCCGGCCCGCCCGACGCAGCGCUCAGCAACGUCCUCCUGCAGUCGGACCUUUCGCGCGGCCGCCUACAGGAAGCCCUCCACAGGUUCGAGCAGAUGCGUCUCUCCUCGACCCUGAUCUCCACGCCCUCCAUCCAGCUACUAAUCUCGACCCUCCUACGCCCCCGCCGCCGCGGCCACUACCCAAAUGUCCAGCCAUGGUACAUCGAGGACGACACCUUUCUCGUCAUGGGCCUGCUCUUCUCCCUCCUCCGCAGCGAGGUCACAAAGGUCGAGCCCCACCUCUGGGAAGAGAUCUUCAAGCGCCUGGGCAUGAUGCGCCGCCUGGAGGACAUCGAGACGCUCGCAUUCGCACUCCUGGACUGGUACCACCCCACGCGCGCACCCGACACCCGCCGCCGCUACGCAACCGCCAUCACCCCGCCGCCCAGACCGCGCCCGCAGACCGUCGCGGAGCUCGUCGCCGACGCUCCAGCGGCCCAGAAGAAACUAACACCGAUCCGCCCCACGGAGGUGGCAGACAUCAGCCGCCACAACCCCCUCAGGAUCAUAUUCGACCAUCAUUUCUUCCAGUCUAUCGUCGAGUGGGGCUUCCUCACGUACCGUGUCUACAACCCGGAGAAAAUGCCGCUCAUACCGCGGCCCCCGUCGGCGUUUGUGAGGCGCCUGCCGAAGCGCUACAAAGAAUGGAACAGCUGCGUCCCCGUGUUUACGUGGGGUAUUGAGCUGGCGCGCCGGCUGAGAGAGGAGGGCGUGUAUGUGGACCCGCGGGUGAUUCAGCGCGCGCUCCGCGUGCGGCUUGCGCCAGUGUUUCGGCCGGCGGAUGCGCUGGAGACGCCGCUGAAGAGUAAUCAGCUUGGUGCGGCGCUGCUGGGGUAUUUGGAUCUGGAGCAGAUCAUGAAGGUGGUGAAGAAGGCGUGGGGUAAGAGGCUGUAUGAGGUUAGGAUAGGCUGGGAUAGGCAUAUAGUGCCGAAUAGGAGGCUGUGUGAGUGUGGGAAGGAGAUGUUUGUGGUGGAGGAUGGGGAGAGGCAGAAGAGGGAGAGGGCGAAGAAGGAGGCGUCGAUGAGGGCGCAGGUGGUGGGGACGGCGAGUCCGGAGGGGGUGAUACUGAGGAGGAUGAGGAGGGAUGGGGGUGCGGGGGAGAUGACGGGAGGGCAGAGGAGGGAUACGAGGGUGGGGGAGGUACCAAGAUGGCGGAAGAGGGAUGAGAGGGUGGGUGAAGUGACGAAGGGGCAGAGGAGUAGAUAG